AUUAACGCACUUGUGGACACUUGUCCACGCCGGUCCCACGGAGCAGACAGGAGCGCGCAGGAGGCGCAGAAGGCGGAGCCCCACGGACGGCUUUGUCAUUGGCCGCGACGAAAGUGCUCCUCCACCUGCGCGCCCACUUGUGGGUGUGACAAACAUUUGGUGCGCCUCAGUUGGACACGACAUGACUCGGUUUAUGUGCUGCUGAUAGGCUUUGGACCUUUUGGGUUCUCCUCCCCGCUCAAGAAGCGGUGGACCCACAGAGACACGCACGCACUCAGCGGGGCUUCCACGGCGGCCUCCCGUGGCGAGGGAUGUUUGGCAAGUGUCGCGCACUGGGGCGCAGGUAAGCUUUGGUGUCUGUGAGCUCCAAAUGCAUUUGCUCGUCCUGGGACGGGAGAAGCGACAAGAAAAAGAAGACGAAGAAGAAGCCGGGUGCGGAGUCAGCGUGUGCGUGUGCGUGGGCUUCGCCCCCCACGUUGCCGCCACCAUGUUCAGCUGCGUGGGCUGCUUCUGGGUGCUCCUCUCCUCCGCCCUGGUCGCAGUGUGCAGUUUCAGUUUCAUCUCUCCUGCGUGGAUUGUGAAGGAGCAGCUGAGGACCAACCACCACCACCACCAUCAUCAUCACCACCACCACAAUCAUCAUCAUCAUCACAAGGAGUCGGUGAGCUUUGGCUUGCUGUGGCACUGCUCCGAGUCUCUGGACCACAUGUACCGCUGCUACACCUUUGGAGGGCUUGGCAAAUUUGCUGAAAUCCCGUCCAGUUCAUGGCAGACCAGCGCAGUGCUGUGCUCGGGAGGAUGCGCUUUGCUGGCUGUCAGCUCCCUGUUGGCCAUCAUCACCAUCUUCCUGCCCAGCGGAGGAUGCGAGAGGAGGAUCUGCACCCUGGCUGGAUACAUGCAGAUGGCCGCAGUGUUCAUCAUGGCUGCAGGACUGCUGGUCUACCCCUUCGGGCUCAACUCUCCACUCGUCAGGUCCUUCUGCGGAGACUCGGACGUCUACAAUGCCGGCGAGUGCCAAAUCGGCUGGGGUUACAUGCUGGCCAUUGUCGGUGUUAUGCUCACCAUCUUUUUGCCCUUUUUUGCAAAAUAUGCACCAAAGGAGCAGUUGUCUCCCACCCCUUUGCCCGCUCUCUUAUAGUUUUUUUGUUUUUUUUUCAAAAGGGCACCUGCAUUUUCAAAGAUGCUGCCCAGAAAUGCUGUUUGGAAAGCCUGGCUCUGAUGCGCUAUUGUCUUCCUACCUGUUCUAAUAAAAUGACUUUAUGUUUCGUUUCAACUACGAAAUGACAAAUGUUACUGUUUAAGUUUAUUUAACACAGCCGUUUUCAUGGAGUCGCUGUCAAAUGUUGAAGGGACAUUUAAUGUGAUCAUUAUUGCAGCGUUUUUUAUGUUUUCCCUUCUUGUGUGCGUAACAAGUCAACUUGGUGUGAAUAUGAACUAUUCCAAAACAGACAGGAUGUCAUGUGCACAAAGGAACUGCACACACAGUGAGGUGGGUUGGUUUUUUUUUCCACUCAAGCAAUCGAUUAUUGAACAAGUUGUGAUGAAUAUUAUACAAGAAGAGCCAAUUUUAUAACUCAAGGACAUUAACCUGGGAGUUCAACUGUACAUUUGAACUGAACUUGACAGAUUUGAGGGUUAAGGUUCUGAAAAGGACUCAAAGGGAACUGUGGCCCAGUAAAGGAUCAAAAAGAGUCUCUCUGAGAUGCUACUUUUUGUUACUAACAUGUAAAAAAAACAAGUCAACGCACAGAUUUUGGUGUGUCAUCUUUAAAGGACAUAUAAACAAGAUGUAGUGGUUUCUGAAUAAUGUUGUCUGAAAUGUAAACCUUUUCCCUGAAUUAUUUGUGUAUGUAACUUGCUUGUUAAAUGUAAGCAAUCUUCUAUUGUGUACAGUAGACAAUUCUUCAUUCAGGACAAACGCAAUCGCAAAAGGCAGGGAGAUGUUGGGGUUUUGUCAGAACAAAUCCAUGAGGAGGCAGAUGUUGGAAAUGGUAGAAUGUGAUGUGACCAACUUGUGCCUUUUUAAUAUUACAAAGACAAGCGUUCAAUACGAUUAUCAGGUUGUCGUCUCUGCCAUCUCGUAAUUUCUGCAGGAAAAACAAAACAAAAACGUGUGUCCUGUUGUGUGGGGUAUUUUUGUUCUUUUUUUCUUCAUGAUGCAGUAUGAUCUCAUUAACAUAGGAAAAUAAUCCAGAGGAUAAAAUGGGCUGUGUUUUAUAAAUCCUUGUAACCAUGAAAGAAGACAACUGCAGUUCAAUUAUGGCGAGAGACAUCUGUGCCAAUUAUACUGAAGAGAAGAAUCUCUUCAAUUGCUGUUGUUAAAGGCUGGGACAUAACAGCUGAUCUCAUUUCCCGGCACCCUGGUUCUAUUUGAUGAGGACACUUUGGUGUGCUAAAAGCAGAUGUAACCUUUCUUAUCGGACCACAUUAUUCAAGUGUAAAAAUGGACAAAUAAAACUCUGCUCCUUC